GUUUAACUUCUCAGUGUGUCUCCAGGCUUUAUUAAUGUCUGGACGGUCUUGUCCUGCUGCCUUUAACCCCUCUCCUACAGCUGCCUGGCUAACAACAACAAUAACACCCUGUGGUUAGCUGUAACCUGUUAGCCUCGGCUCGCUGCACUAAUGUUCACAGACCGACGGGCCUGCUGCCACAUCUCACUGAACUGCGCUGAUUUCUGUCGCGGAGUUAUCGCGAUAUUAAGUCGACUAAAUCACGGAUAAGUCAACAAGUAACGCUGCAGGAUGGACAUGUCCAGUAGGCUGGCGGUGGUGCAGCAGCUGGCUGAGAGCUGUGGAGUCAGUACAGUCCAGCAGGGCGUCCAGCAGGUCUGGAGGCUGCUGCUGCUCUGCCUCAUCUGCAGACUCUGCUUCAGACUGGGAGGUUUGUCCACUGUAAAGCAUGUAGUGUCCGUGUUGGCUGGGAUGUACGGCCUCUUCCUGUUCUUUGAGCUGCACAUGCUGUGGGUGCUGUCGCUCGGUGCACUCUGUUACCUCGUUCUGCUCCUCAGCCGACACUCCAGCAGCAGAGGCCUCUUCCUUUCAGCUGUCAUCCUCAUAUACCUCCUUGUUGGAGAGCUGCAUUUGAUUGACAUGGUGACCUGGCACAAAAUAAGAGGCUCUCAGAUGGUGGUGGCCAUGAAGGCGAUCUCUCUUGCCUUUGACCUGGACAGAGGAACAGUGGGCAGCCUGCCCUCCCCAGCUGAGUUCCUGGGCUAUGUUUUCUUUGUGGGCACUGUUGUCUUCGGUCCUUGGAUCAGCUUCUCCAGUUAUAAGAACGCCGUUGAGGGCAAAAAACUUAGUUGGUUGUGGCUGCGUAAUUCCUCCCUCAGCCUCCUGAAGAGUCAGAUCUGUCUGCUGGUCUCCUCCUGCAUCGCCCCUUACCUCUUCCCUUUGUUAAUCCCCAUCUAUGGAAACGCAGUCACUCAGAAGUGGCUGCGAGCUUAUGAGAAUGCAGUGUCCUUCCACUUCAGUAACUACUUUGUGGGCCACCUCAGUGAAGGCACCACCAUGCUGGCUGGAGCAGGCUUCACUGAAGAAAAAGACAACGUCAAAUGGGAUAUGAGUGUGGUGAAGCCUCUCAGUGUGGAAAUGCCUCGCUCCAUGGUGCUGGUGGUGACGUCCUGGAACAUCCCCAUGUCCCGAUGGCUGAAAACCUAUGCCUUUAAAAACGCCAUGAAACUGGGGACUUUUCCAGCCAUCCUGGUGACGUACACGGCCAGCGCCUUACUGCAUGGUCUGAGCUUUCACCUGGGAGCUGUUCUGCUCUCGUUGGGCUUCAUCACAUAUGUUGAACACGUUCUGAGAAAGAAGCUUGCAUCCAUCUUCAGUGCCUGUAUCCUGUCCAGACCCUGCACUUCUGACUGCAGCCAUCAGCACAAGAAGGAGUAUUGGGUGAUGUUGCUGAAUCUGGUUUUCAGCCUCCUGGCCAUCUUCCACCUCACCUACCUGGGCUCCAUGUUUGAUCCUGGAGUUGACGAACAGGAAGUAGAAGAGGGUUACGCAGCCAUCCACACCAUCCAGAGGUGGUCUGAGCUGAACUGGGCGAGCCACUGGGUGGUGUUCGCCUGCUGGGUCUUCUACCGUCUAAUUCAGUGAUGUCAUUAGAGCAGCAGUUGGGAAGGCCGGCAGACACCAGAAACUUCAUAAUACGACGGGUUUGUCUUGGUGAAUAUCAGGAGUGUCGUUAUCUAACGGAACGAAGGAUGAGGAUCUGCUCAAGUGGAAAGGACAUGUGGGACAGGCGGAGGACUGAGGUGUGCUGAGGUGGUUUACACAGAUCUCUGGAUGCGAAGAUGGUGUUAAUAAACAAACCUCUUUAGACCCGUUUAGAACUGUGACUAAUCUGUUAAAGGAGAGAUGGAUACCUACAGUAUACUGUACGAGCCCUGUGAAAUAAACUGCAGAGAAGGAUCCAAUGGUUUGAUUGCAUUGACAAUAUGACUGGAAGAAAGAAAAAAGAAAGAACACUCUGUGCACGACCUCCGAACAGACCCAGCAAAGCAUCCAUUUACUUUUGCCUGUAGACAACUGAUUGGAGACAGGCAAGGGUAACUGUAUUUGGACCGUAGAAUUAGUUCCAUUGUAAUGUUGCUGUUGGACAAUGUCCAUGUCCAAAAAACAUUUCAGCAGUUUAGCAUGCUUUGAUACAUGUAGUUUUUUUUAAAGGGUCCAUAACUGUCAUUAUUCAUACUGUAUGUUCUUCUGUUACAACGGAGUAUUUUUGUACUGCUGCUAUUAUGUUAUGUUUUUGUAUUUUUUCUCUUUAAAUGUUUCUGUAAAUGUCAAACAAACUCUGGGUUUGUGAUUGUCUGUAAACAUCAUACUGACACAGCCAGGAUGUAACCCUGAACUCUGGUUAUUAUAUUUUAUAUAUUUUUUGUUAACUAUAAUCACCUACCUCGAUUUAAAAGAAGAAAAACACUUAAUAAAGUGAGUAAUCAUUACA